GCCGAUCGCAGCUAUGCCGUGAUAGUACACAAAUGACUCCACACAAUUCGCGAUUAAAAUCCAGUAGAGACCCAACACGUCCCAGUUGUUCGUCCUGUUGACUGUUAAGUGCUAAACUACAUCUAAUAUUCAAGAACUCGAGGACUGUUCCCGGAUUUGUGUUGAAUGUUAGCGCGUUCCACCUUAGGCUGCUUCAACAUUUAACCAUAAGGCGUGGAUAUGUCACUCGGGCGAGGUGCCGAUGGCGCAGGCUGAGCGCCCUCGGCUAGGCGCCCAUGCGCGCCUGCCUCCUGCUGUGUGCGGCGCUCGCGCUCGCGCCGAGCCGGCCGCGCGCCGCCGCCGCCUCGCCCCGCGCCUCGCCCCGCGCCUCGCCGCGCGCCUCGCCGCAGCACGCGCCCGAACCCGCCCGACUCGAGCACAUCAAGACACAGAUACUCGCCAAGCUGGGGCUCACAUCGCGGCCGACGCCGCUCGGGGCGCCGCCUCGUGACGUCGUGAGGCAGAUCCUGGCGCGAGCGGCCGACCCGAGGCCCGAGCGCCGCCCGGACACAGAACAGAGCAUGAGGGAAAUCAUUGCGAUAGCACACAGAGGUACCCGACACACAUACGCCACCUGCCUCGUGACGUCACGAGACAGCGCCGCCUCGUGACGUCGUGAGGCAGAUCCUGGCGCGAGCGGCUGACCUGUGGCCCGAAUGCCGCCCGGCAGAACAUCAAGGAAAUCAUUGCGAUAGC